AUGCAAGGGGAAGAUAUAGAUCGAGUAGCCUUUCUAAGACUGAAAACCAAGUCUAUUUUCAACAGAUUGGAGCGCUUAAUCAAAGAGUUGGACUCAGACAAGCUGCACAGUAUGGACGAGUACAGUAUUUCGGCAACGCUAGAAUCUCUGGUCGAAUUGAAAUCCAACUUUUCUGUCGCGCAUACAAGCUUAGAGAAAUUAGAUUUUGACUCCAUAGCCAGCGAUUUGCCAAGCCACUUCGAUACUGCUCUAAUCAACCUUAGGGCUAGCUUGCAACGCGAGAUAGGUAAACGUAGUACCUCUCAACAUUGCUCCACGUUCAGGAUGAACUCCAGUGAAGCCCAAUCAAUCAUCGUGAACGCCAAUAGUUCACGUCUACCAUUACUAACGCUGCCUAAAUUUUGUGGGGCCUACACUGAGUGGACAAAUUUCUAUUCGAUGUUCACGUCAAUUAUCGACAAGGACAGCGACCUCACAAACAUCGACAAACUACAACAUUUGUGUUCCUGUUUGAGUGGCGCUGCCCUCGACACCGUGCGCUCACUGGAAAUAAGCAAUGAUAAUUAUAAAACUGCUUUAGAACUUUUGUAG